CUUUGUGGCAGUGUUUUCAUUUCUGUCUGGAAGGUUAGUGCACAUUUCUGAACAGGCUACUUCAAUCCUGAACUGUAAGAAAGACUUCCUGGAGUCUUCGCACUUUGUGGAACUGCUUGCUCCCCAAGAUGUGAGGGUUUUCUGUGCACACACUGCCCACGCUCAGCUUCCCCUCUGGAGCAACUGGACCCAAAGAGCAUCUCAGUACGAAUUUGCUCCGGUGAAAUCCUUUUUCUGCAGGAUCCGGGGAGGCCAAGACACAGAGCAAGAAAAGCAUUACUACCCAUUCCGGAUUAUCCCGUAUUUGAUGCAUGUACAUAGCUCUACCCAGCCGGAAUCUGAGCCCUGCUGUCUCACCCUGGUGGAGAAGAUUCACUCCGGUUAUGAAGCUCCUCGAAUCCCGGUGGAUAAAAGAAUUUUUACCACAACACACACCCCAGGCUGUGUCUUUCUUGAAAUAGAUGAAAGAGCGGUGCCUCUGCUGGGUUACCUACCUCAGGAUCUGAUGGGAACGUCUGUCUUAGCGUAUCUGCACUCAGAAGAUCGUUCUCUCAUGCUUGCUGUACACCAAAAAGUCUUGAAGUAUGCAGGCCACCCUCCCUUUGAACACUCACCCAUUCGAUUUUGUACUCAAAAUGGAGAUUACGUCAUCUUGGACUCCAGCUGGUCCAGCUUUGUGAACCCAUGGAGCCGGAAGGUAUCGUUCAUCAUUGGUCGGCAUAAAGUUCGAACGAGUCCACUGAAUGAGGAUGUUUUUGCUACCAGAAAAAGAAAGACGAACAGUAAUGACAAAGACAUAACAGAAUUACAAGAACAAAUUCACAAACUUCUCUUACAGCCGGUUCACGGGAGCGCCUCCAGCGGCUACGGAAGCCUGGGCAGCAGCGACUCGCAGGAGCCGCGCCUCAGCCUCCCGUCGUCCAGUGAGUGCAGCGCAGCCCGCGCCGAGGCGGCGCGCGGAGAAGCGCUGACUUUGCAGCAGGUCUGUGCCAGUGUGAACAAAACUAAGAAUCUAGGUCAGCAGCUCUACAUUGAGUCAAUGGCCAAGUUACCAGGUGAACAGAAGGCCCCACCUGCCGUCCAGACAUUGAAAAACAAAAGCGUGCCCACGGAGUCCUUUGAAAACUGGAGAGAAGACCAGCAUAGCCCAUCCUAUCAGCAAAUAAACUGCAUUGACAGUGUUAUCAGAUACUUGAAGAGUUACAACAUUCCAGCUUUGAAAAGAAAGUGCAUAUCCUGUACCAAUACAACCUCUUCAUCCUCAGAAGAAGACAGACAGAACCACAAGGCAAAUGAUGCCGAAGCCUUGCACGCUGUGUCUCAGAGCCCAGCCGGAGCUAACCUGGAGAUGCCGACUGCCGGGCGGGCCGCACACGUUGCAGGAGGCGCUCCGGGGACACUGGCCCCCGAGGCGCUGAGCCUGGGCUCCCGUGUGAGCAGCGACAGCAGCACCAUCGGUCAUGCCCCACCCCCAGAGUCAGCAGAAGUGAUUCCAGCAGAGGAUGCUGCCCCAGCGUGUGAGCCCUGGACCCCAGGCACACACCCAGCUCCACUAACCUCAGAAGAAUUUAAACACAUAGGGCUCACGAAGGCUGUUCUGUCAGCUCACACCCAGAAGGAGGAACAGAAUUAUGUUGAUAAAUUCCGGAAAAAGAUCCUCUCAUCACCCUACAGAUCCUGUCUUCAGCAAGAAAGCAGAAACAAAGCUAAACAUUUGUGUGUUCAAGGAGACUCUGCUUCCAAGCAGGCCCAAUCAGCUGGCUGCACAAAGGAGAAGCACAGGCGGAAGAAGCCGCGGGGACUGUGGAACAGCAGGGGCGCUCAGGACACCUUCUGUCCCCGCUUGGGAGGAGAUGGCCAGUACAGGCAGCCCUGGGGCCCUUCCCUUGCCUCCUCUCCACAGGCCUCCAGCCUGUCCUUCCCGGCUGCCCUGAUGGUUCCCAGCCUGGCUCCUUACCUCAUCCUGCCCCGCCCCGCCCCGGCCCUGCCCUCUGUGGGAAGAGAGCACGCAGCGUCCCUGACCACACUUGACCAGCUGCCUAAGCCCCCUUUAUGGAACGACUUGCAGUCUUUUCCUGCUCUCCCUUCUCCUUCCUUAGAUACUGUGAUGACCAUUUUCCUGCCUGACCCCCCUGGCUGUCCCCUCUUGUCACCAUCCUUCUGUCCGUAUGCGUUCCUGGGAGCAGCGGGCUCUUCUGGAACACCGCCCUCAGUAUCCGCGGUGACUCCACACCUGGAGCCGCCAUCCUCUGUCUUCAGCCAGAGGUGGGCAGAGGGAAAACGGGAGACGCCAUGUGGAGAGCACCCCUGCGUUAACUCAAGGAGCAGCUCACCACUACAGCUAAACUUACUGCAAGCAGACAUGCUCAGAUCCUGUGAAUCUUCAGAUCAAAUGAGAAGGGAUAUUUGCCCGGAAGCUAAGUAUUAUGUCCCGGGCAAUAGUGGGAAGAAGAGUUGUCGUGUUACUGCCAGCGAACUGUCCAGGGCAUUACUAUACGAGGAGUCGCCAUCUGCAAUGGGCUCUGCGGCGUCAGGAAGCAGUGAGAGCAGUAUGUACUUCGCUAGUACUGAUUAUUCUUCUGAAAUCACCUCAAACGGGCAGCAGUCUCAGGAUGUACAAAAGGAAACAUUUCCCAGUUUAGCUGAAGAGUCCAUGUGGAGAAUGAUAAAACAAACUCCUGAGUGCAUUCUAAUGACAUAUCAGGUACCUGAGAGGGUGACAGAGGCUGUCCUGAGAGAGGACCUGGGGAAGCUGGCGGGCAUGCGGGGGCGGCAGCCCCGGUUCUCACGCGGGCAGAGGGAGGAGCUGGUCAAGGUGCACUCUUGGAUGCAGAGCCAGACGAUCCCUCAAGGAAUAGACAUCCAAGGCUGCGUCACUUGCGAAAGCCAAGACUCCCUCGGCGACGCCGCAGAACCCCAUGGUCAAGCUGCAGCAGCGAACAGCGGAUGAGUGGCCGUGGAGGCGCGCCCCCCGGGACCCGCUGGACAACCGGACCUCUUCGUGUGUCUCUUUAAACCCCGACUAAGUGACCAUGAAGUUGUCACUGAAUGUUAAGGUUUUCCCUUCUUGAUUUUUUUAACAGGCAUCGUUUCUCUGAAGCAGACGUCAUACAUACAGUCUUUUAUGUCCGUGUUCCUGGAGUCUUACAGCUGUCAGUUAGGUUGUUUUCUAGUGUAGCUGUCCUCUGAGGAGAUCGGAUGGCCUCUAGAGAGGUGUGUGCGCAGGUGGCACCCGAAAUCGACGGCAGUCAGAAGUAUAGCCAGAAAGAGCCCCGAACCUUGGCCUCCUUCAUUUUGUUCUGUUGUUACAGAAAGCAUUUUCCCUGUGAGAGCACUUGACAUCCCACCUGCAGGCCAUCUAGUUUUCAGAAUGGUUCCCAGGAACGUAGUACUUUCAUCUGGUCCUUGGGCAGCUUGGCGCGUCCUUCCGUAAUUCAAAUGAAACGUUCUCAUUUGCCCACAACACGAGUCGCUUCUGUAUUUACCAGUAGUACCAAAUACCACCCAUCGGUACACCGGACAUAUCUGCAUGUUGGGGUUGGAUUUUGAGCUUUGUUCAUGUGGACGCUUUUCCUUUUAAUUUUCCACCUUCCACUGAAAUUCCCAAAGUCCUGCCUUAACAGUCGACUUACCAUGAGGUUAUUUGUCAGAGAGUUGAAGUUAGCUUUUGCAUGUGUGACAUUAAAAUAGAAAGAGCUCCUCACUCA